UAAAUAUUACAAGGUGUCAUAGCUCAUGUCUUAAUUUGGUGAUACAAAAAAAGGCCUUUCCAUUAAAACCCGACGCCAUUGAAAAAAAAUCCCUGCACAGUGGGCGCGAUUGCUCUUCUAUUUCCCGCGAUAUCUUCGUUUUUGUGGUUUUACUCCAUGAGCUGUGAUCAAAUUCUAGGGUUUUUUCUGGAGUGAUGCGAUAUUCAUUGCAGUAAGUGGGGAUUGUAGUUCAGUAGCUAUGCAUGGUACACUUUUGAUGCAUUUGCAUCUUUUUGUACAACAUUCUUCAAAGACCAUACGAAGGCCAUGACCAUGUCAACUGGUGCACGGUUGGAGCUCUCUUCUGCAAGCCCUGAUGGUCAUACAUAUGGUUCAAGCUACCCAAGUGGCCAUCGUGGGUGCUAUGCAGCAGGCUCUUUGGAGAGAUCGAGCAGCUUUCGUGACGGGAUGGAGAAUAGAACUCUCACUCCUCUUUCAAAUGCAUCUCGAAACCAUGCAUCAUCGCAUGGAGAUGCAAUGAGCUUCUCACUAGUGGACCCACUUUCAAUGGGUGACCUCAAGUUUGCACGACCUGGGGAACUUCGUAAGGUGAUCAGCAUGGCACUUGGCGUUACUUCUGAAGACCCUUCUUUAGGGACUGUUCAAGCAAAAUCUCUCCCCCCUCUAGCCCUUGAUGAACUCAAACGUGUUAAAGCCGGUAUCCAUGAAAACUUCGUUCGGGCGAGGGAGCGGGUGAAAAAUUUGAAUGAAGCCACAUCCAAAUUGGAAAAGUAUGGACAAGCGACUAUUCCAAGAAAACGAGGGAGGAUUGAUGUCUCUCCAAGCGAACGUGUGAAUGCCUUAUCUGUAGCAGGGGGUAGCAUAGUCAAAAUGGCAUCUCAGAGUCAGCUGACCUCAAAUGCAUCAGAGGAUAGGAGUAAGAGUGCUGUUCCUAAUAGACGCAUGCGAGCAUCAGCAGUGGACUUACAGGUGGAUACACGGGAUCAUGGUACAGCUAGACCAUCCGGGGCCUCAGAGAGGGACAGAGACCUCUUUAGGCUUGGAAAUGGGGGUCUGAUUCAGUCUGAAGAUAAUAGUAGGCCAUUAGCAUCUGGUGGGGAUGGCUGGGAAAAAAAGAAGUUGCGUAAGAAGCGCUCUGGAAUGAAGAUAGAUGGUUCCGGAAGUACAGGUGUGAGUGUCAACAAAGUGCUGGAUGGUGAUCGAGAACUCAAACGAGGGAUACAGCCUAGACUUGGUGGUGAUUCUCGGUCAAGAUUGAGCAAUGGCCAUGGUUUUAGGUCUGGGCUUUCUGGAAUUGUAGGAGCCAGCAAGUCGGAUGCUAACUUACCUCAAGGUAGUUCCAGUUUUCGUGCCUUGCAAAGGAGUGAACAUGACAGUGGUUCCAUUUCAAAUGAUAGAAAGGAUCAUUUUAUCGGGUUGGACAAAGAAAGAGUAACUCCCAAGAGCAUCACCAAGCCUACAAUCCGUGAAGAUAAUAGCGCAGCGAGUCCUACAUCAAUGGCAAAAGGAAAUACCACUCGAGGGCCGAGAUCUAGUCCGGCUACAUUGGUCAAGUCAUCCUCUAGUGUUCCUCGUGCGGUUGGAAAUUCUGAGGGAUGGGAAAAUCCCUCCACAAGUAAAGUUCAGCCAGUUAGUGGGGUUGGUAACCGCAAGCGCCCCAUGUCUGGAAGUUCAUCAUCCCCUCCUGUGGCUAAAUGGGGAGGCCAACGACCCCCAAAGAUGGCUCGAGUUGCAAGGACAAAUUUAGUCCCACCUGUUUCUAACCGUGAAGCUCCUACUUCUUCUGAAGGCUUUGCAAGUACAGAUGCUGGUUCCAAAUUGACUAGCACCGAUGGUGGUUUGGGGCCGUCUAGGCGUUUGUCCAAAAAUACACAGCAGGUUAAAUUAAUCGGAGAUAGUCUAUCUUCCGCUGGUUUGUCAGAAAGUGAAGAAUCUGGAGCUGUUGAAACUAAGCCAAAGGAGAAGGGCAGGAGAAAGAGUGCAAUAGAUGAGAAUGUUGGUCAAAUUGUUCCCAAGGUUUCGACCGUUCUGCUGCCUUCAAGAAAGAACAAAGUGUUUGCUGAAGAAAGUCUGGGAGAUGGGGUCAGGAGACAAGGUCGUUCUGGGAGAGGUUCUUAUCUGAGGGCUGGCAUGUCUCCAACAAUGGAAAAAGAUGAUGCUGUUAAUGCAAAGCAGCUCAGAAGUGUCCGGCAGAAUAGUGAUAAGAUUGAGAGUAAGGUUGGCCGUCCACCAAAUAAAAGGUCAUCGGACCGAAAGGCAUUUACUCGGCCUAGGCAUGGCAUAAGCAAUGGAUUGUCAGAGGUUGCAGUUGAGUCAUAUGAUGACCAUGAAGAGUUAUUGGCUGCUGCAAGUGCUGCUUUGAGUGACAGCUGUCAGGCUUGUUCUGGCUUAUUUUGGAAGCAUAUGGAACCGAUAUUUGCUUUUGUUUCUGCGGAAGACAUUACCUUUUUGAAGCAACAGAUUCAGAUGGCUGAUGCUUCCAAUGCAAAUAUUUCUCCGUUCGAUGCUGAUCAGAAUCCAAAGGAUGCUAAGGCACUCGAUGUGAAGCAGUUAUCUCUGGCCCUUGUUUCUGGAGACAUUUGUAGUGCUCUUCCAAAUGAAAAUGCGAUGGUUGAUGAAUGUGGCCAGGAUGUGCCCUCUAAGAAUGAAACCAUAGACACGGAUGCUUAUUCAGGGAAUUUGGAUAAUGGGGAAUGGCACAACACUGUCAUCCCACUUUCUCAAAGGCUUCUUUCAGCUCUAAUUGUAGAAGACAACAUUGAAGAACACUAUAGAUCUAGUAGAAUAGAAGACGAAUCCUUAAGUUAUAUGAACAAUUGUUUUUUAUCUGAUACAAGUAAUAAGUAUACUGAGAGUGAGUUCAAAAAUAUUAACGGUUUAGAGUCUGGCAUACUUCCUUUGACAGAAUCAAGCAACUGCAAUGGUCUGAGUUUACGAAGUUCUUUAAAUGGUGAAAGAUCUGCUUCCAAUGGUUAUAUAGCUCCCAAUAUUUGGAAAUACAAUGAUGAACUGGUUGAUCGGAAUGGCCUACAUUCAGAUUUUGAGAAUGUUGCAGAUGUUGGCCAGAGUCCAAAUGUAUCACAGUCUACAGAAGUUGACUAUCAUCAGAUGUCCUUGGAUGGGAAGAUUCUACUGGAGCUUCACAGUAUUGGACUUUUCCCCGAGGUGGUGCCUGACCUAGCACAUAGAGAAUAUGAAAUCAAUGAAGACAUUGCUAAAUGUAAGGAGGAGCUCCGUGAACAGCUUUUGAAGAAUAAAAAAGAGCUUGUGAAAUUGGAAAAAGCAGUCACCGAGAAGAUAGAACCUGAAAAAAGGGAACGCCAGCAUCUUGCAUUAAACAAACUUGUUGGACUUGCAUAUGAGAAGUAUAUGGGAUUCUGGGGUCCAAAUCCUUCUAGUACCAAAAGUGCCAGCAACAAGAUUGCCAAGCAAUCUGUCCAAGCUUUUGUCAAGAAAACAUUAGCUAGGUGUAGGAAAUUUGAAGAGACAGGUCAGAGCUGCUUUGAUGAGCCUGCAUAUAGGGACAUUCUCUGUUCUGUGCCUUUACAAGGCGUGGAGACAGACUACAUUGAUGACACUAUAGAGGAGGCUGGGCAUGUUUAUGCUGAUUCUGCCAUCUGCCCUUUGGAAUCUAACACUUCAGGUGCAGCCUCAUUGGCUUCAGAUCCUAUUCCUUGUUUGGUUUUGCGGAAGGGGCAGAACAUAAACAACAUUGACAGAGAUAGCACCAAUGCUUUUCAAGCUGCCAAUAACUCAACAGAACCAAGUUUUGUGAAAGAAGAGACAUGGUCAAGUAAAGUGAAGAGGAGGGAGGUAUUACUCGAUGAAGUUGUUGGUAGUACUGUUUCUAGAGCAUCUUCAGCUUUCGGUGGUGCGCUCUCUGGGGGGGCAAAAGGAAAGAGGAGUGAAAGAGAUAGAGAGGGAAAGGGGCACAACAAAGAGAUUUCAAGUAGAAAUGGUACAGCUAAAUGUGGCAGGCCAGCUUUAUCCAACACCAAGGGUGAUAGGAAGAACAAACCAAAGCCAAAGCAAAAGACAGCUCAAUUGUCUGCUUCUGUGAAUGGUCUGCUUGGUCCUGCUUCUGGGAUGCCCAAGGCUAUUGUCCCACCAAAUCAAAGCACCAAGAUAAAAAAUGAACGAGAUUUUGGUAGCACAGGCCAGGAUUCACUGAAUGAUACUGAUGGACCUCUUGAUUUUUCACAAUUGCCCCUGCCUGGAAUAGAUGAUUUAGCUGUUACUGAUGGCCUUGAUGCACAGAGUCAAGAUAUCGGUUCUUGGUUGAACGUUGAUGAUGAAGGCUUGCAAGAUCAUGAUUAUAUGGGGCUUGAGAUCCCAAUGGAUGACCUUUCAGAGUUGCAUAUGAUGGUUUGAAGGCGAUCUGGUUGUACCUCUGUAUAUUUUUGUGCAUUAUGGAGUAAAAGAAAAUAUAGUUGGUGUAGUGGUUUCUUCUCCAAGUUUACCAAUUGGCAGCUGGGGCUUGUAAGCCACUAAUUCUUUUAUAUACUUCUCUCCCCAGAGUUUGCAUGGAGCAUGUACGAUGUGGUGGUUGUAAGGCUUGCUCCCUUUACAAUGUUUAUCUGAUCUUGAUGCCAAGUUUUGAUUUCCCAUGUAUAGCUCAUGGCUGGCUAUGAAAUCUGUCCUGUGCAUCCUUUGUAGCCUUACAGAGUGGCAAAUCAGAGUUCAAUUUGUACAUACAUUUCUAUUUCCAAUAAGAUUUCAUAUUUUCUUUGUUGCA